AUGCGGGGUAGUUCCAACUCCCACACUAUUCAAUUGGUGGAAGUUCCAAUACAAGGAUUGGAUGCAGCUGUAAUGAAAAAUACCAAUUACGACUUAUCAUUCAUCACGUGCUUUGGAUACAAUGCCUUGAUCGUACGUUAUGAAAGUGAGGAAGCGGCUCGAAGUGAAUCGUGUUCGGAAGAUAGACAUGGUGAAUACAUUCUGAAUGGAGGAGGAAAAUCACAUGGUGACAGCAUCACUCAGUGCUCGAAUGAACCCAACGGGCUCUCAUUUGCAUCUGCAGUUCAAAAUGCGUACGCCAGAAAACUCGAUAUCAUAAACCGAGGCUUUAGUGGCUACAACACCAACCACGCACUCGAAGUACUUCCACAAAUCUUUCCGAUACCCGAACAAGCCAAAAUUUGUUUCCUGCUUAUCUUCUUCGGCGCCAAUGAUCUCAACCGCGGACCAUCUACAAACCAACAUGUUCCUCUUCCUCAAUUUGUCGAAUAUCUCAAGAAAAUCAUAUAUCCACCGGUAGAUGAAUCGACCUGUAGAGAUACGAAUGCUGGAUGGGGUAAUUUGGAUGAACCUAGAUGGGUGAAGGACACGAGGGAGUAUAGAGAUGCGUUGAUCAAGAUAGGGGAGGAAGGGGGAUUGAGAGUGGUGGAUAUUUGGAGUGCGUUUAUGAAUGCGUGUGGAUGGAAAGAAGAUGAUGACCUCGCCUUGAUGCCGGGUCUAGAAGAAAAUGGAAAACAUGAGGAACUUAGGAAACUGUUAUAUGACGGUCUACACUUCAGCGGCGAAGGCUACAAGAUCCUCUUCGAAGCAGUAACGAAAUGUAUCGCAGAAAAGUUGCCAAGUCAUACGAGUAAACCCGAUAAUAUAGACAAUGUAGUUAAGAUGCAAUGGGAGAACUAUUUAGGAUGGUAG